AUGGCGGCACUAUAUUGCAGUUUAUUCAAUGAUUUUGUUGAAUCUGAAUUUUUUCUGAUUGAUGGAGAUUCAUUACUUAUCACAUGUAUAUGUGAGAAAUUUUUACAGCCAGGGCAGAAUCUCCAUUUCUUCUACCUGGUUGAACAUUAUCUCAUGGAUCUUAUUAAUAAAGGAGGACAAUUUACCACAGUUUUCUUCCAGGAUGCUGAGUACACGUAUUUCAGCUCUCCUGAACUUCUUCCUUUGAGAACUGCUUUAAUUCUUCAUCUUCAGAAAAAUACCAGCAUUAAUGUUUGUACUCAAUUUACUGGAUGCUUAUCAAAGGAGUGGAAAAUGUUCUUGGAUGAGAAUUACCCGUAUUUCCUGAUAGUUGCAGACGAAGGUCUAAACCCUCUGCAAACCCAACUUUUCAACUUUUUAAUCAUUCAGUGUUGGUCAGAGAGGGUCAAUGUUGUGCUUUUCUCUGGGCAAACAUCUGAUAUUCUUCGACUUUAUGCAUACUUUCUGGCAAGUGUAUGCAAGAACCAGAAUUUCUUCAUGGAGAAUGAAAAUGAGAUUAGAAAUGCUUAUAAAAUGCUGCUUAAAAAAUUGAGAGAAUAUAGAGCAUUAGAAUCAUCAUCUCUUUUGAAAAAUUUAGCAUCAAAACAUAUGAUGGAAGAGGCAUGUGAGACUAUAUGUCUGCUCCAACAACUCUGGCCAAAUGGAUCUGACAUUCGACGUGUCCUUUGUGUCACUUCAUGCUCAAUGGCUUUGGGAAUGUACCAUCACUUCUUAGAAAGCAGAGAGAAGGCCAUCUCUGAAAAGACAACAAACAACAAAAAGGUGAACAGUGAUUACUUAACCCUGCAGGAUGUGGAAGAUCUGUGCAAACUGCAUUGUCUCAGUGUGGUUUUUCUACUACACAUACCUCUGUCUCAGCGAGCUCGCUCUAGAUUCAUCACUUCCGAUUGGGUUGAAGACACUCAGAUGUUCUUUAAAAUGAAAAAGUGGUGUGAAUAUUUCAUCCUGUGUAAUACAAAUGUUUUGGAAUUUUGGAAUCUGAAUUUAAUUCAUCUUUCUGACUUAAGUGAUGAGCCUUUGUUGAAGAAUAUCACUUUGUAUUAUGAAAAUGAAAAUGUGAAAGGUCUACAUUUGAACUUGGGAAAUGCCAUUAUGAAAGAUUAUGAACAUCUCUGGGAGACUGUGUCAAAGUUGGUAAGAAAGUUCAAUGUGGGAAAGGCAUUUCCUGUGAGAACAACCGAACUUCAGUUUCUUGAAAAGAAUCCAUCAACAAUCAAAGAAAGCUCCAAGGAAAAAAUGCCUACUUUAGGUUUUAUUCCAAUGUCAUCUCAAAUGGUUGAUAAAUUUGUUGGAGACAUUUUCAAAGAUUUACCUUUUCUAAGGAGUGAUGAUCCUAUUGUAACGUCGCUGGUUAAACAGAAGGAGUUCGAUGAGCUCGUGCACUGGCAUUCUCACAGACCCCUUAGUGACGAUUAUGAUCGGACUAAAAGCAACUUUGCUGGAAAGUCUGAGAACCCUCGUGUUCAUAGAAGCUUGCAAAAAUAUCAUUGUUUUCAGCGCUUUUAUGGAAAUUCAUUAGACCCAGUCCCUUCAAAGCUCAUUGUGACCCAAGGUAUAAAGCAGCAGAAGAAUUUUAAUGAGGCCAAGAGGGAAAAGGCACAUGAGACCAAAGCUGAAAUAAUUGCUAGAGAGAAUAAGAAGAGGUUACUUGCCAAGGAAGAACAAAAAGAAGAGCAAAAAUGGAAAGCUCUAUCAUUGUCUAUUGAAGAAGAAAUGACAAAAAAUUUAAACUCUGGAGUAAAGGACUUGGAAGACUUUUUGAAAUCAUGUAAAAGUAACUCAGUGAAAGUUCAAGUUGAAAUAGUCGGUCUUACUGCCUGCUUGAAAGCAUGGAAAGUACACUGUCGAGGUGAAGGCAAGACCACAAAAGAUUUCAGUAUAGCUGUCCAAAUGAUGAAAAGGAUCCACCCUUUGAUGAAUAAAUACUCAGAUCUUCUACAAGAUGCAGAUCGGCAGUUCAUAGGCAGAUGCCUUAAUUAUUUAGGAUUUGAUGAGUUGGCAAAGUCUUUAUAUACUGACCAGGAUGUAGUAGAUGACAUAAAGAAGAAGAAUAAGUAUUUAAUUGGCAUUGGGCCAGCUCGAUUUCAACUGCAACACAUGGGCUAUCAUUUGAUACGAGAGGAAAGAAAAGAUCCAGAUCCGAGGGUCCAGGAUUUUAUUCCUGAUACUUGGCAGCGAGAACUCCUUGAUGUGGUGGAUAACUACGAGUCAGCAGUGAUUGUUGCCCCAACAUCCUCAGGCAAAACCUAUGCUUCCUACUACUGCAUGGAGAAAGUGCUGAAGGAGAGCGAUGAAGGGGUGGUUGUGUAUGUUGCACCAACCAAGGCCCUUGUUAAUCAAGUGGCAGCAACUGUUCAAAAUCGUUAUACUAAAAAUCUGCCAAAUGGUGCAGUAGUAUGUGGUGUUUUUACAAGGGACUAUGGUCAAGAUGCACUCAACUGUCAGGUACUUGUUACAGUGCCUUCCUGCUUUGAAAUUCUGCUGUUAGCUCCACAUUGUCAACAAUGGGUGAAAAGGAUUCGAUAUGUUAUAUUUGAUGAGGUCCAUUGUCUUGGUGGGGAAAUUGGAGCAGAAGUCUGGGAGCAUCUCCUUGUCAUUAUCCAAUGUCCCUUUUUGGCUCUUUCGGCUACCAUAAGUAACCCUGAGCAUCUGACAGAGUGGCUGCAAUCAGUCAAACAUUACUGGAAACAUGAAGACAGAAUAAUAGAACAGAGGAUGACCUCCAAGAGAAGUGCUGGCUGUCGUGCCAGGUUUUCCAAAGACUACUUGCAAAUAAAGCAAUCUUAUAAAGUUAGGCUUGUGCCCUAUGGAGAGAGGUACAAUGAUUUAGAGAAGUACAUAUGCUCUGUCAAACAUGAUGACAUUUGUUUUGAUCACUUUCACCCAUGUGCUGGACUGACCAUAGAUCAUAUUGAAAGAUAUGGAUUCCCUGCUGAUCUGGCGCUUUCGCCUCGAGAAAGCAUCCAGCUUUAUGACACCAUGUUUCAAGCCUGGAAAACCUGGCCACAGGCCCAGGCUAAAAUGGUACUAAGGACUCUUAGCCCCAAUUCAGUUGUUCGUUCCGGAAAUAUGUUGGAGAAAUUUCCACUUCUUGUAGAAAAACUAAAGAAAAUAGAGAAGUUACCCACGUUAUUUUUUAUAUUCAAUGUAAAUUAUGUAGAAAAAUGUGCUAGGCAUGUACACAUUUUCUUAAAGGAGAAGCAAAAGAAGAAAAGGCCUCCCAAAGCUGAUGAAGAAGCUCAGAAGUUGGCUGGCAAACUUCAAAAAGUUAACAAAUUCAUUAAGAAACAAAAGAUAUUAGAUGAAAAAAGCCAGAUAAGCAUGAAAAUAUUGAACCAAAGCCUAAUAUAUAUAGCUGAGCAUAAUUGUCUACUGAAAAGUCUGGAGAAGAACCUGGAAAUUCCUCAGGACUGCACAUACACUGAUCAAAAAGUGAUGGAUGAUGAGUUAUUGAAGAGAGUGUUUGAUCAUGUAAAAUUUGAAAGAAAAGGUGCAGAACUGAAAACUUUGGCAAAGACUGGUAUUGGAUAUCAUCACAGCUCCAUGAGUGCCAAAGAAAAACAGCUAGUUGAAAUUCUCUUUUGAAAAGGAUUCAUUAGGGUGGUGACAGCUACCGGAACACUUGCUUUAGGAAUCAACAUGCCUUGUAGAUCUGUUGUUUUUGCCCAAAACUCAGUCUAUCUGGAUGCUUUAAAUUACAGACAGAUGUCUGGUCGUGCUGGAAGACGGGGGCAAGACCUGCUGGGAGAUGUAUAUUUCUUUGAUAUUCCUCUGCCCAAAGUAGGAAAACUGAUAAAAUCCAAAGUUCCUGAGCUCAAAGGACAGUUCCCUCUCAAGAUAACCCUGAUUCUGCGACUCAUGCUGCUGGCUUCCAAGGCAGAUGACCUAGAGGAUGGCCAGGCAAAGGCGCUGUCCAUGCUAAAGCAUUCGCUGCUGUCCUUCAAACAACCCAGAGCCAUGGAGAUGUUAAAACUUUACUUUUUAUUUUUGCAGUUCUUGGUGAAGCAGGUGUUCCUUGAUGAUCUCCCUGAGGAUUUCAGUGCUGCUUUAGUUGAGUACAACAUGCAAGUUACAAAGGACUUUGCCUCUUUUUUACCACUUGUGUCCAAAUUGGCUGAUAUGAAACAGGAGUAUCAACUCCCAUUGUCUGAAAUCAAAUUCACAGGUAAAGAAUGUGAAGACUCCCAACUUGUAUCUCACUUGAUGAGCUGCAAAGAAGGAAGAGUAGCAAUUUCACCAUUUGCUUGUCUCUCUGGGAACUUUGACGAUGCUUUGCUUCAACCAGAUAUUUCAAGUGAUUUCAUUCUGCGCACACUUGGUAUCAACCAUACUCAAGCUCCUGUACUGUGGCCGAAAAGAUUUGAUAGUCAAGGAAGAAGAAUGCCACUUAAUGCUUAUGCACUGGACUUCUACAAACAUGGUUCCUUGGUAGGAUUAAUGCAGGAUAAUGGGAUACAUAUGGGGGCAGCUUAUGAUUUAUUGAAAGAUUUUGCACUCACUAUUAAAUCUAUCAGUGUUUCCUUGCGUGAAUUAUGUGAGAAUGAAGAUGACAACGUUGUUUUAGCAUUUGAGCAACUGAGUGAAACCUAUUUUAUAAAACUGAAUAAAGUCUAAAAACAAAGUCCAUGCACAGCUCUUAAAAUACUGCCAUGGAAGUUUUACAAGGUACAGUUUGGGUUCUCAUGCUUUUUGUGAGAAAACACAUGAAUCAUAAAGAACAAGCCUUGGCUUUAAAGAGUUAGAUUCACACCUGCCGUGUUCUGUCAUGGGUGUUCUUGGACAAAUUAUUUAGUGUAUCUGAAUCUUGGUUUCUUUUUAUGUUUGACUAAUCAUGCUUACAUCAGAGUAUGUUGAGGUUUGACAGAAAAUGCAAGGAUUUUGAAUGUAACUAAAGAGGCAUUUUUCCUCUGUGAGAUCAAAACAAAUAUUACACUUUUAAUAUUUUUCUUCUUUGUAUCAGGAUUUCUAAAAUAUUUAUUAAGGGUAGAAAGAAACAAUCAUAGUAUCCUAAAGGUGAAAUAUAUUCUUUCCAAAUAAUAUAAAUGGGAUUAUAAAAUGUAGAUAUGACUACUGAAAUAAUAUAUUCUAAUAAACCAAGUGCUUUCUAAAUA